AUGAAGCGAGGCUACUAUGAUGUUUUUGUUAGGACUUGUGCAAUUUAUCCCUCAAAUAUCGCUAUCCGGCAAUACAAUAAUGGCUAUUACAGCACCUACACUUACUCUGAGCUGUAUGGUAUAUGUGAAUACAUAUCACAAAACUUGCAACAACUUAACUGUACAAAAGGAAUAGUUGGCCUAAUUUCAGAGAGAAAUAUAAUCGUACCUUGUGUGAUAGCUGCAGCCCAUAAAAGUUGCACAACAUUUAUGUUCCUUGAUCCAUCGCAAGAUCUUGAGUCAAUUAUAAAUGAAAUAAAAUUUAAUUUCAUAAUUUCAAUCAAAACUAAAGAAAAUGAUCCUGAUACGCUCCUUAACAGACGACCUGACAAAUCUAUUGUAGUGUUUAACCUAACACUACACAUCUUCAAUUUUCAGUUGAGUAGUACAAAUUCACAUUAUGGCCCGGAAUAUUCAUUUAUAGCAAUGACAUCAGGAAGCACUGGAGAUCCUAAACAUAUUCAAGUCCCAAUACAGUGUAUACAACCCAAUUUAGAUGAUUUAACAAAAUUAUUUGAUAUAACACAGGAAGAUGUUAUAUACUUUUCAACGCCAUUGACAUUUGAUCCAUCAAUGAUAGAAAUACUAAUAACAUGUAUUAAUGGUGCUUCACUUCUUAUAGCUCCUGAAAAACCUGACAUUCUCUUCCCUGGAAAUACUCAAAACGCUAUAACAUUUUGGCAAACAACACCGUCUAAGUUUUUUCAGUUUUCAAAUGCAGACAUCAAAAAUAAGAUUUUUUCCCCUCAGUCAACCUUAAAGGUAUUGGCAUUAGGAGGUGAGCCUUUAAAUGGAAUCAUACGGUUAAAGGAGUUAAAACAUGCACAGAAUAAAACAAAAUUAUUUAUGUUGUAUGGUGUAACUGAAAUGUCUUGUUGGGCCAGUGUUGCAGAAUUAGAUCUUACUAAAAUCAUCUCGGAUUUAGAAGUACCCCUUGGUAACUGCUUAUCAGAAACUGAUAUUAUUGUAGAGCGCUUUAAAGAAACGUCUGAUACUGGAAAAAUUGUUUUAAUGAGUAAAACCAGAAAAUGUGUUGUUUUAAAUAAAUCUAUUGGUACCGAAGAGCAAAGUUCCUUGAAGUUUGUGGACACUGGAGAUAUUGGUGAAAUAAGAAAUGGUACUAUAUACUAUAGAGGGCGUAGAGAUGAUGUUAUAAAGAGAUUUGGCCAUAAAGUAAACUUACAACAUAUUGAAAUCGUCAUAAUGCAAUGUCCAAGAGUGAAGACAUGUUCAUGUGUUUGGUUACCAAAACCAUUUCUUCUUGUUGUAUAUUUUUCAUCUGAAUCACUAACUAGCCAAGAGUUAUCAGAUUUCUUAAAAUGCAAACUAGACGAUAAACAGUGGCCUGAUAAGAUUAUUCGAGUUGACAAUCUGCCAACUAAUGCACAUGGUAAAAUAUCAAGACAAAUGCUAGCUCAAAUGUUUGAAAAAGUCCUGCCAAUACCACAAUCAGUCAAUUCUUUAAAAGUACUCCUGUUGAAAGAAUUAAAAGUUAGUUUAAAUAAAACUUUUACAUAUGAUGAAAUAAAAGAUAAGGACUUUUUCUCACUUGGUGGAACUUCAUUCCUAGCAAUUUCUAUGUGCAAUAAACUUUCUUUAACAUGUCCAGAAUUCGGCAAGUUUAUUUUGCCUUAUUUACUCACUCAAAAAAGCACAAUGGACCAAGUUAUGCAAAUAGCUUUAAAGGAAUUACACAUGGAAAAUAAAACAAAAAAAAGAUUAAAAAGGACUCGUUCAACAUCAGAAAGUCACUUUUCUGCAUCUCAUUCCGUCAAGAAGAUAAUGGAAAGCUCACCCAGUUCAAACCCAGUAGAUUUUAUCGUUGCCUGGUCAUUUGAUACAGGCAAAUGUGUAGAUGCUUCGCCCACUCUGUUUCAACAUGGAUACAAAUUGUAUGUGACAGUAGGCAGUCACUCAGGAAAAAUUGUUGUUGUUGAUGCAAUCAGUGGCUUAAUGCAAGGACUGAUUAAAGUGAAAUCUAGAGUGGAAGCCUCUGUAUAUUGUUGUAAUGAAGCACCUCUUACUGCACCUUGUGGGAUUGUUGGAGCUCAUGAUGGAACGAUUGUUUGUUUCAAAUUGGAGAAUUGUAUAGAAAUCUGGAGAAUAAAUAUUGGAUUUAUGAUCAAAAGCAAAGCAACAUUCUGCAAAGGACAAUUCUAUGUUGCAGCUUACGAUGGAAAUAUAAGAUGCAUUGAUGCUAUGACUGGGAAAAUAAUACUAACAAUCAAUGUGGCUGAGCAAGCAAUAUCAGCAGAUUUAGUUCUGGCUAAAAAAGAAUUUAUACUGCUUGGCACACUAUCAGGGGUAUGUGCAAGCACACAUAUAGAAACAAAGACAAUAGCAUGGCGUGGAACACUGAGCAGCCCUGUAUUUGCUGCUCCUGUACUUUAUGACAAUGACAAAUAUGUCAUCUUUGCUGAAGUCAAUGGAGAAAUACACUGUCGGACUGUUGAAAAAGGAAUUAAGAUAUGGAAAUACCAAGGUGCAAAAGGAAAUAUAUUUUCAUCUCUUUUUGUUAAAGAAAUAGAUAAACUGAGAUGGCAAAUAAUUUUUGGAUGUCAUGACAACAAAGUUUACUGUAUCAAUAUAAAAAAUUUCCAGCCAAGUUUGAACUGGAAAACUCAACUAUCUUCACCAGUUUAUUCAACACCAUGCAGUUUGAGCGAUAAAUUAAUUAUAGCUGCUUCAAAUAAUGGUAUACUAAGCAUUUUAGAAGCUGAAACAGGAAUUGUUAUCGCCGAUUAUCAAUUGCCAAAUGAGACAUUUUCUACACCUGCCGUGUAUGGUGAUUAUAUUUUUAUAGGCUGCAGAAAUGAUAAUUUGUAUGCCAUUAAAUAUGUUUUAAAUUUGUGA